GCAGUGGGGCUCCAGUUGGCAGUGUGCGCUCAGACGCAUAGACGCAAGUAUCCCACUGGCUGGAGUUGGAGGACACCCGGCUGUUCCUGCUCCUGCUGCUGAUCUCUUGUCUGUUUUAGUCUCCCAGCGGUGAGAAGACCAGCCCGCACGGGAAGGAGAGAGAAAGAAGAGAAGCUGUACUUUUUUUUUGAGUCAGAGAAACUGUGCGGAAUCGGGACCCGCGGACACUUUUUUCUUUCUUUCUUUCUUUAAAGAGGAGGGAUUGUUAAUCGACGAGACGGCUGAUCUGUUUCUGUUCCGUGCACACUCCCGCACAACCGCACACAGGCACAGACACACGCACACACGCACUCUCUUUCAAUGGAUUUCAAAAGCGUGGAAGUUACCCAUUGGGAAUUAAACUAAGUUGCUUUUCGGUUCGGCGCUUUUCUUUCUCGUAAAGGCUUUAUGUUUGACGCGGAGACGAAGACGAUGAUUCUCGCACUCUUAUACGUGCUCCUGCCUCUUUUGGAUGUAUUGUGUUACGCAGAGGAGAGUCUGCGCGCCGGUGCCAGUGCCCGCAUGGACUGCGUAAGAGCCAGCGAGCAGUGUCUGAAGGAGCAGGCGUGCAGCACCAAGUAUCGCACCAUGAGGCAGUGCGUGACCGGAGGGAAGGAGAGCAACUUCAGCAUGGUGGCCGGCCUGGAGGCCAAGGACGAGUGCCGGAGCGCCAUGGACGCGCUCAAACAGAGUCCGCUGUACAACUGCAGGUGUAAACGCGGCAUGAAGAAGGAGAAGAACUGCCUGCGCAUUUACUGGGGGAUCUAUCAGACAUUACAGGGUAAUGAUUUCCUGGAGGAUUCCCCGUAUGAACCCGUGAACAGUCGCCUGUCCGACAUUUUCCGCUUGGCUCCCAUCUUAGAGGGUGGGGAACCUUGGAGUAGCUCUGCAUCGUCAGCUCCAGGCAGGGGGGGCACCCAGGGUAGAGAGCCCACUCUGAGCCAUAGGAGCCCCUCCUCCAGAGAACAUCGGGAUCCCAGUAGAAACAGGAGAGCUCAUCCCAAUUGGGCCAUACCGGGUGAGCCAGCAGUGGCCCGAGAGAACAACUGUCUGAACGCCGCCAAGGCCUGCAACCUCAAUGACACGUGCAAGAAAUACCGCUCGGCGUACAUCAGCCCCUGCACCAGCCGCGUCUCCACCGCCGAAAUCUGCAACAAGAGGAAGUGUCACAAGGCCCUGCGGCAGUUCUUUGACAAGGUUCCACCAAAGCACAGCUAUGGCAUGCUGUUCUGCUCCUGUCCACUCAGCGACCAGACGGCGUGCUCGGAGCGCCGGCGUCAGACCAUCGUACCCGUCUGCUCAUAUGAAGAGAAGCAGAAACCCAACUGUCUGGAGCUGCAGGGCUCCUGCAAGACCAACUACAUCUGCAAGUCACGUCUGGCUGACUUCUUUGUCAACUGCCAGCCAGAGCCUCGCUCGCUGUCAGGCUGUCUGAAGGAGAACUAUGCAGACUGCCUCCUCGCAUACUCAGGCCUGAUCGGUACAGUGAUGACUCCCAACUACCUGCGCUCUCCCAACAUCAGCGUCUCCCCGUACUGCGACUGCAGCAACAGCGGCAACAACAAGGACGAGUGCGACAAGUUCAGAGAGUUUUUCACUGAGAACACCUGCCUCCGUAAUGCCAUCCAAGCCUUUGGAAAUGGGACAGACGUGGGAGUGUGGCAGCCGUUGUCACCCGUCCAGACCACCACCUCCACCACCACUCACUACCAGAAGAACCGCGAGCGCAGCCCCAACAUCAUUGACAACCAAAUCAACACAGACCCGGGAAUCUAUCACUUCUGUGGGAGCCUACAGGCUCAGAAACUGAAGUCAAACUCAACGGUUGAUGGCGUCUUCUGUGUGGACCCUCAGAUAGACAGUCCAAGUACAUCCAAUGCCAUUGUGAAGAACUCGUCCCCCUCCAGACAGCCUGCAGGCCUGGCUUCUCUGCUGCUCCCGCUGCUCUGGCUGUGGUACUGCAGCCUCCCGACACUCCUCUCACUGGGCGACUUGUAGCCUCAGCGCUUUACAGCAAAAAAAGCUACAGUGGACUGACAAACACACAUUUGUAUAAAAGAAGAUGCAAAGAAAUUAUCAGCUUUUUUUCUCAGUAAUAACUGUUGUACUUUAAUUUCCCUAUGGAAUCUGUCUCUAUUUUGAUUUGUACGUAGAUUUUUUUUUGUUUUUUAUUGUUCUUACUUUAUUUUCGUAGUUUAUUUUUUGCAGCUUUGUGCUAAAACAGUGAUCUACUAUAUCUACUCAGUUUGGCUGUGUGUUACCGUUCUCUUCGUUGAUUAAGAAAAAUGGAUAAUUCAAAGCUUUCAUGUCGUUCGCUUGGGCUGAAAGGACAAAGCACUCGAGGAUUACAUUCCAGUAAACCGCAGCUGGUGGCUCUUGGAUCCAUUCCCACAAUGUAAAUGAACAAUGAUUUCUUUUUCUUCUUUGUGAGUUUCACCCACGUCUGUUUGUGUGUUGAGGCUAUCGGUGGAAUCUUUUGCUUAAAAGUCACAGUCGGUUCAGUCACGGCUACGUUUCAUCGCGCGGGCAGCCCGUCGGGUGUCAAUCACGCUCUCCUGUGCUCUGUGUUUGUUUCAUAAUGACGUGAUCGGGCAUUUUUAUGAGCUGAAAAUAAAUACAAUUAAAUUAAAAAAAAUCACCUUUUUUCUUCACAGGGUGAACACGACUUACACCACAGACGUUACAACAUCUGCGCCCAAACUGCGUCGGCUGUAGUUCAAACUGAACACACAUUGCCGCUGGCAAAAGCACACAGGCAAAGACCACCACACACACGUACCGCACAUUUUCACACAUUCAGACGAACACAAAUGCACGUACACGCACACACAAACACACACACAGACACACACCGCUGCCGCCAGGCUUCUGCUACUGCUCCUUGUCCAUGCUGCUGUGGAUGGCUGAAUCCACUCCACUCAUUAGUGAUUGUACACGUGUUUCUCUGUGGAAAAGUGUCAGAGAAGCUGUCUCAGUUUCACCACAGCGUUUUUCUUUCGAUGUAGAGCUAAUUAUUGUGGUAAUGACGCCUCCGUCGCUCACAGCAUCUUCAUCCUCCUCUUCAUUGUCACUUCACUUAACUGUUCAACACAUGUCGGUGUCUGGAGUGUAAAUGGCUUAAAUUGACCGUUUGCUGAGCUCAGCUAUGUCUUUAGUAACUGUCCCAACACUUGACAGCUUUAGCGUAGUAUCAACAAAGGUCAGCAUCAUAACUGUGGCACUGUGGCCAACUGGAAUUGGUACUCUGCAAGUGUAUGGCACACUGGAUGUUCGAACUUGAGUAAAAGUACAGUAUCAGAAAAGGAAUCUGUUGGAUAAAAAGUGUUCUAUUACAAUACUACUUAGUUAAAAAUGUCUAGAAGU